CCAGAAGUGAACAGCAGGCGACCCGGAAGGUUUGCGCGCGGCUCCGCACCGAGCCGGAGCCCGAGCCGGAGCCCGGAGCCGGAGCCCCAGCCCGGCCCUGCGAGGGCCGCCGGGCGCGGGGCUGCGGCCGCGUCCCGGAGCCGCCGCCAGCACAGCCAGGUGCUGUUGGGAACACAGAGGAAGUGACUGACUGGGGGUUCAGGGAAAGCUCCGUAGAAGAGGGAACACUUGAGCUGGGUCUUGAAGGAUGAGUAGAAGUUCACCAAGUGGGAAAGGACACUCUAGGAUGGCCGAGCCUCGAUUUAACAACCCCUACUUCUGGCCCCCUCCUCCCACCAUGCCCAGCCAGCUGGACAACCUGGUCCUGAUUAACAAGAUCAAGGAGCAGCUGAUGGCGGAGAAGAUCCGGCCGCCUCACCUGCCGCCCACGUCGGCUUCGUCGCAGCAGCCGCUGCUGGUGCCGCCGGCGCCGGCCGAGAGCAGCCAAGCCGUCAUGUCGCUGCCCAAGCUGCAGCAGGUGCCGGGGCUGCACCCGCAGGCCGUGCCGCAGCCCGACGUGGCGCUGCACGCGCGGCCGGCCACCAGCACCGUCACAGGUCUGGGGCUCUCCUCCCGGACCCCGGCUGUGAGCACGUCCGAGUCGAGUGCAGGCACGGGGACCAGCACCCCGUCCACGCCCACCACCACCAGCCAGAGCCGCCUCAUCGCCUCGUCCCCCACCCUCAUCUCAGGGAUCACCAGCCCCCCCCUCCUGGACUCCAUCAAGACAAUCCAGGGCCAUGGCCUGCUUGGCCCCCCCAAGUCCGAGCGCGGCCGCAAAAAGAUCAAGGCGGAGAACCCAGGGGGGCCGCCCGUCCUCGUAGUCCCCUACCCCAUCCUGGCCUCGGGCGAGACUGCCAAGGAGGGCAAGACAUACAGGUGUAAGGUGUGCCCGCUGACCUUUUUCACCAAGUCUGAGAUGCAAAUUCACUCCAAGUCACACACCGAGGCCAAGCCCCACAAGUGCCCGCACUGCUCCAAGUCCUUUGCCAACGCCUCCUACCUGGCCCAGCACCUGCGCAUCCACCUGGGCGUCAAGCCCUACCACUGCUCCUACUGUGAUAAGUCCUUCCGACAGCUCUCCCACCUCCAGCAGCACACCAGAAUCCACACAGGCGACAGACCCUACAAGUGCCCACAUCCUGGCUGCGAAAAGGCUUUCACUCAGCUCUCCAACCUCCAGUCUCACCAGCGCCAGCACAACAAGGACAAGCCCUACAAGUGUCCCAACUGCUACCGGGCCUACUCGGACUCCGCGUCCCUGCAGAUCCACCUCUCCGCCCACGCCAUCAAGCACGCCAAGGCCUACUGCUGCAGCAUGUGCGGGCGGGCCUACACCUCGGAGACCUACCUGAUGAAGCACAUGUCCAAACACACGGUGGUGGAGCACCUGGUGAGCCAUCACUCGCCCCAGAGGACGGAGUCCCCCGGCAUCCCGGUGCGAAUUUCCCUCAUCUGAGCCGACCCAAGGCGCCGCCCCACCCUGCCCACUGGCAGACACAGACCCAGGCAGCACCAGGCCCCAGCUUCCUCCAGGGGCCCUCCAGGAACAGCCGAGCUCUCUCAUGACCUUCCUGACCUUCCAGAAAGCCUGGGCUGCAGAAGCCCUGCCCGGUCCAGCUCCGGGGGCGGCCAGGCCAACUGCAAGAUUCUGGACUGUUUUGGUGGCAUCCAAAGACGAUCUCAGAGCACUUUGAACCUCUCUGUUGGGUUUCUUUUUGUUCCCCACCCUCCACUUGCUUCACUGUUUUUGUUUUUAAGUUUGUUUUGGAAAUAACAAAAAAGAUAUUUAUUGGCCAAGAAGUUGGUGCUGCUAAGACCGAGAAAUUAAAAGAAUCGGACAGAUGGACACAGAGAACCAGAGGGCAGCGUGGGACCUUCUCUUGCCACAGCCUCAAGUCUUGAGGGAAGGCUCAGGCCUGGGUUUCUGGACUGCAAAGGGGACCCCCCCCCCAGGUGGGAGGGGACAGGAAGCAUCUGGAGUGAGCCACUCACCCCUAGGUGCCCAGCUCCAACCUCUCGGGCUACACCCUGGGCAUUACUGAGCAGAGGGAUGAGGCAGCUCCUGGGGCUGCCCGGGCUUCAGGAGGCAAAACAGGAGAGGGGCUGGGAGAUCCGCAGGACCAAAGGGUGCAGCGUUGGGCUGGGCUGGGCACAGGCCCAGGGAAAUGGGGUGAGGGUGGGCUGGGUAAGACCUGGCCCUCCACUGCCCUGAAGACCACCCCAGUCUACCUCGGUGCUGGCCAGGAAACCUAUUGGCUACCUCUCCCACCAUCCCAGACUGUGGGCAGGGGGGUGGGGAGGGAGUGGGCCUAGGCUUAGGACCCCCCCCUCCAGAAUUUCCUCCAGAUGGGGCAGUGCCCAGGGAGGGGUUAUGUGUCUUCCCUGUCACGAAGGGGGGAAUCCCCAGUCCAGGCCCUAGGCCCCUCGGCAGGGAAGGGAUCCUCGGGGAGGAGGGUCCCAGGAGCAGACCCUGCCCUCAGCCCCCACAGACACACCCCGAUCUGAAAGCCAUGCGUGUCCAUGUAUAUAGGAACUAUGUACAGAGCCCGGAGAAGCCCCCCUUCAUCCCCCGGGGAAAAAAAAAAAAAAAAAAACUAGACAGAAACUCAUCUAUAUAUUCUGUAUCUGGAGUUCCGUUUUGAAUAUUAACUGUGUUAUUUUUAUACACUUUUUAAGCCUUAACUCGCCAUUGAUUUACCAGUUUAACGUUUCCUGGGGUUUUUUUUCCCAUGGGGUUCUCUGCCCCAGCCCCCACCCCUUUGUUUGACUUGCGUCGUCGGAUACUCAGUAUUGUAGCUUUUUGUCCGCAUGUUACUACCCUGUAAAUACGCUGUUAUACAUACUGUUAACACCCCAUUUGCUUUUUUCUAUGGGACCUCCAGGCCACCAUAUCUAGAACUAGUUACCUUAUUAAAAAAGAGAAAACAGUCUGUCGGCUUCUCAGUCUGCAUCUUGGUGGCAGGGAGGUGAGGGCAGGUGCCCCUCAAUGCUUCAGGAAACAGGUUUGCAUUCUAUUUAAGAGAAGGGGUGGGGAGCAAAAUAAAAAUCCAGUGUGGGGGAAGACACUACAUGGGGCGAGAGACCAAGAAUCCCAAACCCUCUGCGCUUUGUAUUUCUCUGUUGUGAAGAAUAAACUGUACCUGCACCUGG